CAGUGUCACGUCUAGCUUCGUGUUUACGUCACUUUCAAAAGUUAUCUUUCAUUCAUUCAUUUUAAAGAAAGGGCCCUUGUUUCACGUUAAUGUGUAACUUAAAAUCAAAUCACAAGAUGACAACAACCAGGGGGCUAAUUGGUGGUGCAACGAAUACUGGCAAUGUACUUUGAACACCACUAAAAUGAGAGGACCACGUGAAAUUCAUAAAAUCACACCAAGUCAACGAACCUCAACUUGUCGGGGUGGUUUCACACAUACAAUCUGAGUAAUCCAGAAUAUGCAUUCAAUGUUCUUGUCAUAUGUGUCACAAACCCAAGGCGGAAGUCUAGGAGUAUGCUGAUGCAAGUAAUCCAUUAAAUUGGCUAUGCGUCCUAGAUAUUUAAGUGGGUCCUUUACGUUUAUCUGGGCUACAACAACAGGUAGACAAGAUGGACUGGCAAAAUCGUUGUCCACUGGUGGAAGUGCAGGGGAUACCAUUGUUAAAGCCAAUAGUCACACACUGGGAAAGGGUUGAGAGAUUCAAAGCAGAGCCUGGGGACCUGCUCAUUGCCACAUACCCUAAAGCAGGAACAACAUGGACACAGGAGAUAGUUGACCUGGUUUUAAACCACAAUGAUUUUGAGAAGUGCAAACGUGCUCCAAUUCAUGAACGUAUGCCUUUCCUUGAGAUGACCUCCCCAAAUCCUACACUGUCCGGUAUAACCACAUUAGAGGCAAUGGACCCUCCUCGAGUUAUCAAAACACAUCUGCCUAUCCAGCUUGUUCCCACAACAUUCUGGGAGGCAGGUUGCAAGGUUAUAUACAUGGCACGUAAUCCCAAAGACAAUGCUGUGUCAUAUUUCCAUUUUGACAGAAUGAAUCUUGUACAACCAGAACCAGGACCCUGGCACCAGUACUUAGAAAAGUUCAUGAAAGGACAAUUGGGAUGGGGUUCCUGGUAUGAUCAUGUUAAAGGAUACUGGAGAGAGAGAGAAAAGAAGAAUAUUCUUUACCUGUUUUUUGAAGACAUGAAGGAGAACCCUUACCAAGAGGUGGAGCGCAUUGCUGAUUUUCUUGGACAAAACUUGUCAAAAGCACUGAUUGAUGAGAUAGUACAGAAGACAACAUUUGUUGCCAUGCGUGACAAUCCUAUGGCCAACUACUCAUCGGUACCGGACACCAUCUUUGAUAGGCGAGCCUCAGUGUUCAUGAGAAAAGGAGAGGUUGGCGACUGGCAAAACCAUUUCAGCUCUGAACAAAACGCCAUAUUUGAGGAGCACUACAGAAGAAUUAUGGCAGAUGAUCCCAUUCCCUUUCGUUUCUUGAUUUGAUCGAACCAUUUAAGCCCUGGGGACUACCUCACAGAGUUUAUUUUGUCUGAUUGAUAGUGUAUUGAUGUUAUUUAAGACAUGUUGAUUAAACCAAUUGUUUGCAAUUGUCACAAGUUCUAUAAGCUACCGGUAUUUACAUUCUACAACUCUUAAUGCCACCAGCCUAAACAAAUAUUAAAGUAACAGUAGUAGUUGUUGUUGUUGUAGAAAUAACUAUAUUAUAUGAAUUAGAAAACUGAGCAACUCAGUUUUUACCAAAUUCCAUAUUUAUUUCAGUGGUGUCCUAACCAUGGACUUUGUUUCAGUGAAGUAUAGACAUACCAAGCUUUAAUUUUUGAAGGGCAUUUAAAAAGAAAAUUCUUAUGAAAUAAAACUUUUAGAUUAACCUAUAAAUGCUGUACAGAAAUGGGACUACUGAUGCUCUGGAAUGGACCUUGAGUUUUUGAGAGGUUCAGAUAACCUUUUAAUAAAUUAGACAAGCACACCCAAACUGCAGAAGGAAAUUGUCUUUACAGUCUUAUUUUCAAUUAAUUAUAUGUAAAUGAGUACCGAUACUUAGUUUUGUCCCCAACAGCUAUUUUGAAUAUAACUUACACAGCAAUUUUUUAAAUAUGUAAAAGUUGACUGUUGGUCUUUUAUACGUGUUGAUUAUGCAUGUUUGGCACAAACUGGAAACCGAACUUGGAAGCAGAAAAUAGCAUUUGUGUUGAUAUUGAUGAUUAUUAAAGAUGAGCACAUCUUCAAUUAGAACAAA